GUCCUUGCAGAAGGUACACCAGAAAUAACUUAAAGUUUAUAUCUUUUCGAAGACAAUAUUAUAAAAAAUGAAAUCGAUAAUCUCUCUCGUUAAGUCUGUCUUCAUAAUCAUCACCUUUGUUUGCUGGUCUACAUCAUCAAGAGCAAAUGUUUACUUUGCCAUAGAAAACUACAUGAACGAAUCGCUUCAAUCUCUAUGUAAUGACGAUGUGUCUCUAAACUUCUCGAAUGCAGUGAUCUCUGAAAUCAAUCAGAAUUUCAUCAGCAGCCCUGUGAUUACCUGCCUCAAUCUUAUGAACAAUAGUAUUGGGAAAAUUGGGAAAGGUGCCUUCGAAAAAUUACCAAAUUUAACUCAAUUGUUUCUUUCAAACAAUGAAUUGCGUCCGGACAGUGAACUUCUUGAUUUUGGAGGUCACGAUAAGUUACAAGUGCUUAUUGUGAACAAUGCAAGAACAAGGUGGUCUUAUCAACAAUAUAUACAGAUUUUCGACGAAUAUCCUAACUUAGAAAUUUUGUCUCUACGUGAAAAUUAUGCCGUCGAUUUAAAGUUUGUACAAAAAACUCCAUUUCGGGAAGACUAUUUUAAUUAUAUGACGCCGAUGACUUUACAAAGCUGGAUGCCAUUCCCCAAGUUAAAGAUCUUGGAUCUCUCUGAAAACAGCAUAUCAGAAACUAAUUUUGUACAACUAUUGUCAAACAGCUUAUACUUUCUUGAUCUUCAUGACAAUUUGCUUAGUAGGUUGGACUUAAACGAAAAAGGGAACAAAUUGUUCGCACUGAAUUUGGAUAAAAAUGAAUUUAACAUUAUUCAACGGUACAAUAACCAAUACGGUCGGACUUUAUCGUUGGCUAGUCUGAAGAAUCUACACUAUCUUUCUGUUUCUAGAAACAAGAUUAAUACUGUCGAAUCAGAUGCUUUCCGAAACAAUAACGAAUUGCUUUUCUUGAACUUAUCCUCAAAUCAGAUACAUUAUCUACAUCCGGAAACAUUUGCAAAUUUGCAGUAUUUAAAAACACUUGAUCUAAGUAUCAAUCAACUCGAGAAUGCUCCGCAAAUUUCAAUAAAUGAAACAGAAAUUAGCAUUUUAUACAUUAAUAACAACAACAUAAAAAAAAUAAUCUCGCAUUCUUUUGUACAUAUGCCGAAAUUGAUGAAAUUGUUAAUAGGAAAGAAUCAGAUUGAUAAAAUAGAUGUUAAUGCGUUCGCUCAUCUUACUGUUCUAGAAGAAUUAGAUUUAUCGAGGAAUAUGUUAAGUUCUUUGCCGGAAGGGUGGACGGAAUCCCUUGUAUCUUUGAAAUAUUUGAAUUUAAGCGAUAAUAAAUUCACUUCGCUGGAGUCUUUGUCACUGACGAAUACGUUGCCAUUGAUAGAAGUAUAUUUAAUGAAAAAUUCACUGGAAUAUCUGAAUGUUAAAUAUUUUGAGAAUUUACCGCAGAAUCUCACUAUUGACUUGAUUAAUUCAAAUUUUAUAAAAUAUAUACGAGAAAGAACCUCGAGUACCCCGAUAGAAGAUGGUAUUGAAAUUUAACACAUUUCAUCCCAAAU